AUGGUAUACAGAGGAAAACCCAGUCCAGGCUGCGAAUCAUGUCGCGCUCGCAGGCUUAAGUGCAUCAGAGCGAGAAAGGAAUGCUCGGGCUAUCAAGACCCAAAUGCCGUCCGGUUUUUCGAUCAGACUAAGGAAGUGACUAGCAAAGCUCGCUCUCGGGCCCUUGCUCGAAAGCUUGACAAACCACCAGCCACACAUCACAGUGACAGUGAACCUGGGACACCGCCAUCCCGAGUAGCGGUCUCUUGGCUAAACUCACUCGAUGACAACGCCUGGUCUCAUGUCUUCACAUAUUUUGUGGGAGAUGACCCAAAUCAAGGACUACUCGCCUUUUUACCUGAGUUGUUGCGUGGGAGUCCAUCAGAUUGUCUUCGGGCCAUAACCAAGUCUUUGGGACUAGCAUGUGUGUCUAGAAUUCAUGGACAUCAGGAGGCGAGGCGAGCGUCAAAUGAACAAUACAGUAUAGCUCUUCGACAGACCAAUAAGGACUUGCAAGAUCCAGUCACUGCCAAAGCCGAUUCAACAUUAGCUGCUGUGGUAUUGCUGAGUUUAAAAGACUUCCAUACAUCACCGAAAAUUGCGGCCUUGUCGAAAGCUGCAAGGGCCGAGCGUAUAAAGACCUCCCAAAUUGCCGUCCGCAGUGGGGCUUCCCGUCCUACUCCAAACAAGCCCUCACAGGGCUGGGACUGGUCAAAAAGAAGCAAUACCGGCUCGCCAGAAUAUAUGCCGAUGCCUGCGUCUUCCAAUGAUGGCGACGCCCCAAGUACUCCUGCGGCUUACGAUAAAACGCCACUCCAGCCCGCGGAAAAUGCUAGAUACGAGUACCAGCCCAUUGAGGAUUUCUACGACAUGCUCCUUAAAUUCAAUAAUUUAUCUAUUGAAAUAGAAGCAACCUAUCAUCGAAAUCAAUUCAAUGCAAAUAUAGUCCCGUUGAUCGAUGAAGCGCUCCAGUUGGAUACAGAUUUUGGCGCAUGGGCGAUGACAUUCCAAGCAGUAUGUGGCUACAGGGUCUGCCGUGCCUCCUCGCCUAUUUCCAAAGGCGGCACCACAUUCCCAACCCACAGCGAUGAAUACCAUAUAUACCCAUCCAUGCGUCUGGCUACGUUUUGGAACCAUUAUCGGCAGGCCCGGAUCUCUCUCAACGAGAUGAUUGAAACGAUGGCCUUUGGCAUGUCUCAAUUCAUGGCUGUUCCACGGCUUGAAGGCGUCAUACUCCAAGCAAUCGCUACUAAUAACCGACUGGUCAAUGAUGUCUGUGCCAGUGUUACCUACUUUUUCAAUUCAGCUCCCGGUCUUUUUGGGGGCGUCGCUCGUCUACCCUGGCCAUUAUUCAUUGCAGCAGGUAGCAUACACGCGUCGCCAUAUACACAGAACUGGAUUGCAGAUGUAUUAGAGGCCAUUGCCAGAUGCUCCGGCGUUCAUCAGGCAAAUGUUAUGGCUUUGCGCAUAAGGAUGGGGCUUUAUAGCAUUCAAGGGGGAAUGAUCCCUGGGAAGAAAUAG